AUGUUCUCUUUCCCAAAAAUUACCUUCAACACAUCGCCCUUCCAACGCAGCUCUAAGAAGUCCAGGAGAAACACGUCGUACGACGCGUUGAAGAGUGGCUCGUCGCGUAAAAUGACGCGCCGCGCCGUCACGUGCAAAUCAACAAUUGAGGCGUCCAUCGAUGCUUCAUCAACUUCGCCGACGUCCUCUCAUCGCCUAUCCCAUGAUGAUCGCGUUGGAAGGAAAAGGCAAGGAGACAAAGGAAAGGGGGUUAGCAAGCAUGACCUCGAAAGCAUGUCGGAGAGUGCUCGGAUUGCCCACAACUACCGGUCGGCAAUGAACCGUGAAGAUCAAGGUGCGAGUAGACUGGCGGGUGUCCCGCGCAGUUCACAGCUCGUGCAUCCCUCGAUCGAUAAUGCCUCGUGCUCCACGCCAUGUUCAAGCAUGUGUACUGAGGCCACCGAGCCUCUCGUGGUCGGCUCACCCUCUCAACGACUCCAUGACAUUGACAUGCUGUGCUCUGUCUCUCCCGUUAUUGUUGACAACCGGCAGGAAGGGCCCAACCCUCAGGACAUUCUCUACCCUUACCGCUGGACCCCACAUAACAUAGUAUUUGACUCCCAUUGCCCUGAGGUUGCUCCUCACAUCGUCAUCACGCCACCUACGACAGGCGACUGGCUGCAGGCUGCCCAGGUCGCCGAAAGCAAUCGUGCACCCCUCCAGCUCUAUUCUCACCUCCCUGUUCCUCCUUUCUACGGGUCGACAUGUCGUAUGCACACUUACGACGAGUUGAUGGCGCUGUUCCAUCCGUCUCCGGCCGAGGCCCAGCCUGAGCCCCAACCUGAACUCCAUCCUACAGCAGAAUGUUCCUAUUAUGAGGCCAAUCCCCUACCUCAAUGUGUAUUCAAACAUGCUGCUUUCCAGAAAUGGAUUGAAUCCACAGAACAAGAACGGCUCUCCUGUUUUAUGCGCCGCGUCGUGCUUGCCACUCAACGGCGGCUAUUUAAAGUCACGGCUGAAGCUGCCAGUCUCAAGGCCCGGGGCCUUCGGGCACGUUAUGAUAUGCCAGGUUUCUGUGAAACCUUUGAACAUCCGUACAAAUGGGUGGACUCAAUACAUGUUAUUUUGGCUUGUUAUCCCACCGGCGUCCAUUAUGUCCCGUCGCCAAGUCCUUUCUCUGUUCCCCACAUCCUCAUCCAUGAAGCCCCGCCGAACGACCCAUCUAUUGUCGCCGCGAACGGCACGCCUAUCCAAGUUGACGACGGCGGCGACACUCUCGUUGUUCUUUCUUCGCGCCGGACCAUUGUGACCUACGUUAACGACGCGCAAUGCAUACCGGAUGAAGACUCUCGCUCAAGCUAUAGCACAUCCUCCGUCGAGUCAGCUGGUCCUGAAACGCCGACAGAGCUGCAAAGCGUUACCAGCGGGUACUUCGAUGAGGCUGUUGGGAAUGGGGAUAUCAGUGAAUUCGAUUAUUCACAAUACGCCGUAUUAGUCGCGUCGGAGGAUUUCCAGCGGCCAGGAUCACCCACACCUGACUCGCCACCGAGGUCGAAGUUCUACAUCGAGGAAGACGACGACGAACUUCCUUCUAUCGACGAUGAGUGGUAUACAUCCAUCAUCGACCGUACCCAGUGA